CUUACAUGCUAUAUUUUGGCGUUGGUUGGCUGUACUCGCUGUAGUUUAACACGUUUGUCGGUGUUGAAGUGAGAUAUUGUUCACAGUUUCAGGCAUGCCUCUUCCCAACACAAUGUACUGUUCUCAGCAAAUCCACAUCCCUCCUGAGCUGCCAGACAUCCUUAAACAGUUCACCAAGGCAGCAAUCAGAACACAGCCCAAGGAUCUGCUGCUUUGGUCUACCGCAUAUUUUUCAGCACUGUCCAAAGGAGAGACUCUGCCUGUGAAGGAGAGGCUGGAGAUGAAUGUGGCCACCCAGAAAACUGACAUAGGGCUGACCCCAGGUCUGCUCUUAGUCCUCCACAAACAGCUGUCUGCUGGGCAGACCUGCAGUAAGGAGGAACUGCAGAAAAGGUGGAGAGGUCUGUGUCUGCCUAUGGAGCAGCUGGAGAGCCUGCUGACUCUGGGCAGCUUUACCUCCAGCAUUGACUGGAUCCAGUUCUUCUCCCUGGGCUGCAGUGCUCUCGGAAGGAAUAUUAUGAGUUCGCUGAAGAUUGCCUGUGAGAUCCUCACAGAGGAUGAAGAGGGGGGUGCAGCACAGAUCCCAUUUGACACCUUCGUCAGCCUCUACACCUACCUGGCCUACCUGGAUGGAGAUAUUCCACAGGACCACAUAGACAGCUUCCUCAGCACUAUGCAGUCAAAAGCGGAAUGCCAAGAGGGGAUGGUAAAACCUCUGGACUUCAUUCAUCUGGAAAGCAUCGACACAGCUCCUCCUGAUGCUGGGAAUGUCAUUGGAGCGUCUUCAAGAGCUGAAUAAGAACUAAAAAAAAAAAGGAAGAA